CGAAACUAGUACUACUAUUAGGCCAACCAUGUCAGCUGCUACAGUCAGAUUCCGAUGCCCGAAAGCGUUUCUCCUAGAUGAAAUCCGGUGACUCAAAGGUCUUUCGAUCCCUUCUUGGACCUUUCGUCAUGAUUCCUUUGGCGAUAGCAUCCGAGCCUUCGUUUCUCAUUACCCGUUAUGACAACAGAGCAAUCUGCUCCUGAAUUCCUGGACUCGGUGACCUUCUGAUCAAGCACUUCAUGUAUAUUAUCUAGCUAGGAAACCCACAUUAUUCUAGGCGAUUUCCGAAACCUCGUGAGUUAUGAAUGGGAGGCAGGUAACGGUCCAGACCCGACCCGGGAGAUAAAAGGUCCCAUCCACACAGCACAAGCAAGUUCCUCCGCCUCCCUUCCCUGACUACCGCCAUCAUGGUCUCUGCAUUGUUUAAUAUUAGGAAACAAUUCACGUUCUACGGCUCCUACCACACUAAUCCCGUCAAUGUCACGAUUCAUAUAAUAUGCGUGCCGAUGAUUUUGUGGACUGGUCUAGUCAUGGGCACCCACGUCCUACCGACAUGGCUGCCCAACAUCCACUUCGCGAUCAACAAAUACCUCGCAUUCGAUCUCAACUUCUCCACCAUCUGGGCUGUCGUGAACUUGCUCUACUACUACAUCCUGGAACCCACGGCUGCGUUCAUAUACACCCCUCAAAUGACGCUUUGUUUUUUGUCAGCCAUGAAAUUCUCCGAGCGACCAGAUCAUAUGGCUAUCGCUUUGACUUUACAUGUGCUCUGCUGGAUCGCCCAGUUCCUCGGGCAUGGUGUCGCGGAAAAACGCGCUCCUGCGCUCCUGGAUAACCUUUUGGGUGCUGCCGUUCUCGCUCCUUUCUUCGUACAUCUGGAGAUCCUCUACAAACUAGGAUACAAUCCCGAACUGCACAAAAUCAUCACUAACGAUAUCGGCAAGGAAGUCGCCAAGUUGAGAAAGGCGGAGGGUGCUAAAACGCGCUCUGCCAGUCAAACCGUAGCGGAUGACCACUCGUAAGAAAGAACUGAAUGUGGUACAUAACAUUGUACACUCAUGAACUUAUUUUUGUACAUGUAAACUUAUUUUGAAUCUUAUUAUACUUCAAGUAUUUUUGAUAUCUCGCAAGUCCGCAAUUAUUAUAAUUCGGUGGCAGAG